AGGGACGGAUUAUUAGGUCUGGUGCGGCUAGUUGGUUUUCCGUCGGGGCCGAGGGUUGUAGCAUUUAUCUUUGACACUAUUUAGGAUCGCCAUACAUCGGAGGAACAACAACGAGAACAACUCUGAGUUAUUGUUUGAACCUAAACGAUAGGCAAUAGAAGUAGACCUCGCCCAAAAAACGUCGCGUCACCCUUCUGGAAGACGCGCAGCUAUCAUUAGCGUUGGCUCAAACGUUUCCAUGAUCUACUCAAGAAAUUGAAUUGCUCUUACUUUCCGCGAAGAUCAUUCUGUAUUCUCAUACCCUUUCCACUAAUCUAAUCUAUUAUGAUACCCAUCCAAGGGAUAGGGAGCUAAUCUAGUCAUUAUGCUCCUCUUGCUCACCAAUUGAUUUAUGACAGAAAGUGAUGCCUACCUUUUUUUUCAAUAGUGAGCGAAAAGGCUCGACGGAUGCGCGGAAUAAACAACUAGAUAUGGGCAACGCGCAGAGAGCGUGAUAGGAUGUCGCCGUCUCCUGGACGCUUAAGACACGCAACGACUGCUGUCGCGGAAGUUGCGUGGCGGAAGGAUGACAGUGCGAAGGCGUCCUCGUUCCCGCGUGAUCGGCCUUCCGCGCACUGGUGGAAAGGAGGCGUGUGCAUGCGCUGGUGCUUGUCGGGCGUCAAGUGCGCAGAAGAACGGAGCAACACGGAAAUGGAAAAUCUUGACCGAGAAACAAGACCCGAGGGGCACUGUGAGAAGAAGAAGGAUUUUAGCGAGUCUAAUAUAGCGAUGACAGUAUUAUCGAGAAGGCAAAUAAAUGAGAAGCGACGACGAUACAAGAAGGGAAACUGGAGUAAUCAAGUGCCGAUGCGAUGGGUUGUUGAGUUUGGGGGUGCUCUGCGGGCCUUGCUUCGACGCUUAUUGUAUCCCGUGCAAGCUAAGAAGCAUGUUUGGUGGAGGUGCGCGUUUGCUCUGCUCAUAUUUGUUUGCCUUGUUGUUGGAACGAAGUUUUGCUGGGCUCAAUCUUCUCCGUACGAUGAAUUUCACUAUCCCGGUUUCCGCUCGUACGUUGACGUACCCGCGGGACAAACGCAGGCGGACGACUUUUACAUUACAGGAGGUACGAUCACGGACCACCUACAGAACCCUGGAUUUUUUUCGACCGAGUUCUUGGAGAACUGCGAUCGCAACCAGGACUACGAGCCCGUUGUUGAUUCCCUAGCCGCAGAUGCGAAACCGCCGCCAGACAUCAGCGACGCUGUGAGUGAGGAUCUUUUCGACGGAGUCGCAAAGGCCAGCGCCUCGGGGGCGCGUGCAAAACGCACGGUCUACGAACUCAAGACCGCGGACACUUUGGACGACUUCGACGAAAUCACGAACGCACAAUACGGCGAUCAGCAGGGUUCUCAAUUUCAGUACUUUCAGACGCGUUUUAAUCCGAUCAACCUGCGCGAAAAUGCCUUUCUCUUGCCCGACUACCAAAAUAACCCGUUUGCGAGCCGUGUCUUAAACAACAGCUUCACCGAGGCAAACCGGACUACGGAAUUUGUGCCUGACGAUUUUAAUCCGGAUGUCGCCCUUCCGCACGAACGCCUGCAGGUGUGCCACUUCGCGCUGCGCCUAACGAACCCAACUGCGCAAAAUUGGGCGUCGGUCUACCGAAGCCGCAAAGUUUUCGUUUCCUACGGUUUUCGAUCCGUCUUUCAUUUCCGAGUGUUGCAUCGGAAUGACGAGUUCCUGGUGGGCGGGCGCCCUAGUGCUUGGGGCCAGAAACAAGGGGGCGACGGUUUUGCCUUUGUCAUCCAGAACAACAAGCGAGAUGCGCGAGGCCUGGAGCGCGCCGGAAUGGGGUACAAAAAGAAAUACAACUUUUGUACAUCCGAUGACUUAUGGAUGUAGGAAGAGUGUGCUUCCGGAACUGAAUAAUUGUAUUUGGGCACAGCACCCGAAAGUUGAAGUUAGUUCUUUGUGAUUUUCAACUAGCGCACUUUAUUUCAGUGUUCAUGAAUCUCAGUCUUGUUAGAUAGCAUCGUGGCUUCGUCUCUGUAUGAUAACAGCAGGGUCUUCAGUACUAGUCGAGGCUAUCUAAGAUCAUGAUAUGGUAUUGCCAUUUUGCCGGUGUUCCGACUAUUUAUCAUUUGUCUUACAAAUAAAGGUAUAGUGGAUUAUUUUUUACGCUGGCUGUGGAGUUUGACAUGUAUCGAGAUUGGGGCAUGAAGGAAAUGACCGGGAAUCAUAUAGCUGUGAUGACUUCGAUCCGGGAUGGGCAGCCGGCAACUGCCUCUCACGACAGCAGCCGCAUUGCCGAGACCAGCGACAUACCAGACCUUCAGGAAGGCACACACAAGGUUGAAAUUAUCUAUGACACUCAUGAUUCGAAGGCGGACGAGUACUACGAACCCAGCUGGUUCGGCGAUGUGCCUCCAGACUUCUUGCGGCAGCAAGCGUUAGGCCGUGUCGGAUUUCUUCGAGUCUAUUUGAACGACGAGAAGAAGUUAGUUGUGCCCUUAGACUUAUCGCAGGCGGUAGCGUCAGACAAUUUAGCGACUUUCAAGUGGGAUAAGGAUAAAGACAACAACGCAGACGACGACGGCAUCUACCCGGGUCGCGCGUAUGUCGGCUUUUCAAGUAGCACCAAGGAGGAACAGGUUCAAUCAGUCGACAUCUUAGACUGGCACUUCGAGUCCUACGCGCCAUGCACCAGCGAUAACGCCUAUUGUCGACUCAGCAAAAACUUCCCCAGAAUAGCGGAGGAACCUUGCAAGGUUCGAUUUUUUAUUUUCAUCACUUACUGGAAGUACAGGAUUAGUAAUUUUUGUACUUCAUCUCAUUUUCAUCUCGGCUUAUUCCUCUUUGAUUUCAAGAUCGAAAAGCCGAUAAGCAUGGGCUCUUAGAUUUAGCUAUUUAGACUUUUUCUGUGUGAGCCAAUCAAUAUUCUUCUUACAACAAGCGAGGAAAGUAAUGACGAAUAAUCAUAAUGUUGAAAAUACUUUUCGAACAAAACCACAUCUUUCAGUAUGGAGCCGACUUCGCAGAUCCUACGAAGAAGGGGCCUCGUGGGACAACGACAAAAUUGAAUUGCGCCAUCCGAAUACGGAAUGUAGCACGGACGCCCGCGCGUGUCUCGGCCAGGUUUCAGAGUGGGCAAGACUGGGAAGCAAAGAGGUGUCUGGAUGUGGAUCCCGCGACUGGCAAUGAGCGGACCGAUCAAUCAUUCAGAGGCGACACUAUCGAGUGGAAUCAUGUUCACCCUUACUUCUUGGGCUGCAACAAAACAAUUUUCUACAACGCGCACGUAACCGGACUGUGGCUAACAAGUGCAGAUGGUAACACGUUUACAUGACAGCGAAAUUGUGCGAAGCUGUGUGCAGACUACUAGAUUUGUGCUGUGCUGCGUCUGUGUUGACAACACUUAGUUACAUUUCUUCAUUCUUGCCAUUUCUAUUCCAAAAAUGUUUCAUUAGGGCAAUAUCAACCUGUUUACCAGAGUUUCAUCCACUACAGGCACUCGCUCGGUUCUAGUUGAAGAUAAGCACAUUCUUGACAAUACGCAAGUUGCUUUUCGACGGCAGGCCAUCUUCGAGUAUUGUUUGCGCGAACACGAGACCGAUCCGCGCCGCUACUAUCAGCCAGCCGACUGCAACUGCGCUUACUGUGUGAGGCUCUUCGACAUCCAAGGCUACUACUCAGUCUUCUACCAAGACAAGUGCGGCGCGCGCUACGGAUUAUUCUGUCGCUGCCUAGAAGUGAGUGACGUGGGUAACGACCUAUACUUUUAUUCCAACCUCCAGCCGAUGAAGUACAUUCGAGCACCGGUGUGCCGUGGCUGCACGUAUCACAGCCACUGCACCUACGUCCUCAAGGCUGGUCAAUGCAGGCAGUCGCCUCUCGCUUUGCGUCUCGGCAACCCAUUUUAUGACAUUCGAAUUGAUACAUCGUGAUCCGAUCUGCACUCCAUAGUGAGUCACGCUUGUUCUAGUCGAGUGCGCGAUGGAUGAUUAUUUGAAUUUUUGUACUAGAGGAGACAAUCGUAAACAACCAUUGUUCAGCAGGAAGUAGAAGUCAGUAACAGGAUUGAUUAGAAGAGACAAAAUCAGUUUUGUAGUUUUGGGUUUUUUUUGUCUUCAUAUGCGGGCGCCGGAUCCGCUCCAGAAGGGUUUCAUCGAUUUCCGGCUGGACCACGGUCUCGUGAAAGAUGGCGUGCUUCGAGGGGAUGUGUGCGAUUGUGAGCCGGGCUACAUCACGUUUCAGCGCAACGCUAUGUGUCAAGCGGGGACCGGUCAGGCAAAGAGUAGCAUUUUCAUGCGAGAGUAUCGUGGUGCUAGUGUCGCGGAACCGAUCACGCCUGAUGAAUGCUACUCGCUGUGCGAUCGCGAGAGUGGAUGUAAUUUCUUUACACACUGGGAUCUCUAUGCGAUUCCAAAAGGCCUCUGCGAACUUUUCACAGACUGCCCACGCACGUCCUGCGGCACCUUCGACGACUUCUGCCGCGAAGGCACCGUGUACAAAAUGGAGGCCAUCGGGACCUACACGAACGAAAACGGCACGAUCGCGACUCCGCAACUAGUCUACCCUUUGCGACAGUUGCAGACCAACCGCUUCGCAUGUUUCGACUGUUUACGCCAAUUCCCAGAGGAGAACUGCAUUUUCCACUGCGGGCCUCCGCAACAGGUGACGUUCCAGCACUUUCCGGCUGGGCAGGGCUGCGCGAGCUGCAUUUUCGCCGGCAACUACAUGCACGAGCUGAACGCCAACGAGCUGGCGGAAAUCAAGAGUUGCGUGUAUGCCGCAAUCGGCAAUGGACUGGACCCAUGGGUGGCCUGCGAUCCUGUCGUCGCGGCUCAGGCGGCGCGAAGUUUUUCUCACCAAAUCUCCUCUGCGUUGGAUUUGUUUAACGGCGUCGCGACUCAUUUUAUCACAGAGUGUCCGGGUCGCGUCUUCGACACUUACGGUGGUUUCUGUGCGCCCAACAUCUACUCGCGCCAAUUCUUCCCGUCCUUUGUCCUGCACCACCAGGGCAGCAAGAACAACACGAUUUGGCCGAUGGGCCAACUAGAUUGCGUGAACGCGAUUUGCGACUUAGUGCCACGGGAUCGCUGCUACUCGAAACUUGCGGAGUGGAAUUUCGCGGCUACAGGAGAUGUGUUAGAUCAACUCGGAAACUUGCACUUGCUCGACACUGGCGGUGUGAAGGUGAUUCAGGGACAGGGACUAGUCUUUGACAAAACACUGAAGAGCCAAUACAUGGUCACACCUUUCAUGGCCAAACAAGACAUGCAGGACGUCACAUUAGAAGUAUGGGCGACUGUUCCUCCGGAGGAAGGAGUAUAGACUUCCAAUAUUUUCUUUUUCUAGUGCUUUCAGAAAUGAUACAAAAGCUUUUCGAGAAGACAAGGCCGUCAACGAAGUCGAGAAUAAUGUCGUUACGACGUACACUCAAACAAAACAGUCACGAUUUCAAUUUUUUCUCCCACUAAAGUUAAACCCAUUACUAAUUCCAAGCUACACUCAUACAUUUGCAUUCAUGUAUGAUAUUUGAUACCAGGUGAAGGACGCCUUGUUUCAGAAGACAGCAAAUUUGAGCGCAAGUACUUCGUGGAAAGACCGGUACGCGCCUGCGAAAGCGAUGGACCAAGAUAUGGAUACGUAUUGGAGCACCGAUUUGUUCACGUCGCAGCGUGUGGACGUGGAGUUCUUCAUCGAUUUCCAGAAAACAGUGUGGGCAGAAGGAUGGAAGAUCAUCUUCUUUCACAGGGCGUUGGAUUUUCUCACUUUCACAGCCGAAGAGGGCUAUUACGGCGAGCAGCUGCCGUACGUACAGCUGAACCAGGUGCUGGAUAACAACGACUACGAAGUGGAUUUUUCCACGUCAGCCUAUUUUCGAGGACGCUACUUUAAACUGCUGAUCGAGCGAGUGCUGGAUCGGCGCGCGACAGGUCCUGGUGCCGGGAUGUACUGCGUGACGAUUCGCGAGAUUGAGGUCUACUUUGAUCGGAAUCUGGCCCGACUGCACCCAACGAAUCAGACCUAUGCCAUAGACUACAACCCGUCGCUGCUAGCCGAUGGCGACGAACAAACGUACUGGAGUUCGCCGCCUUUCACCGGGUUCGAAUCAGCUGUAGCGAUGGUGGAAUUUAGUUCGCUGGUUCAUAAUAUUGCUUACACACGCAUCAGCUGGAACCUCAAGCCGGCAUCUUGGUUCUUGUACGUUUUCAAGUACAGCUGCGGCGACUUCCGGGGCCCUGUACCGCCAGCCGGAGCCACAUACACGGCUGCCGACGUGAGUUUGAUCAUGUCGAAAGUGAGUGACUUCUCGAAUUUUGACCCGGAUAUUGUGCUUUUCACUUUUGACGCGCGCUGUGUGAUUUUAGACCUGGUGACUAGCCCGUAUUACGACAAGAGCAUAGUCCAGAUCCGAGAAUUUGAAGUCGCAGCUUUCGAUGCGAACCAGAUCCGUGGCAAUGCGACCCUGGCCAGCACACCAGGAAGCACAAAUCUAGUCGGACUGGAGUUGUACGGUGUGACGCGAGGCGUUGACGCGAUUUUCGACAACGAUCUUAAUUCAUACUUCUACUCGAAUGCGCUUGGGUACAACUGAUGUUUGUUCUUUUGAGUCGAUUUGAGUUCAAUUUCUAAGUUGAUACAGAGGGUUUAUCAACGAUUUUGUCAAAGAACAAGAGCGCCGCUAUCUACAGCACCACUUGCAAAUGCUAUCUUCAUUCAGUUCCUGUUUGGAAAAUGAGAAACUCUUGCGAUUACAGUCGAGAAGAAUUCAAGAAACCCAUCGAGAAAGAUUUGUUUUCGGAAAUUUCCAAGGUAUUUCACGAUCGAUUUUCUGGAACCGGUUGAUAUUUUUCGAAUCCGCGUUGUCUGGCCAACGUUAGGAGGAGUUACGUACUCACCGGCGGGCUACACGGUAUCCAAAAGCCUGGACGAUGGCGCCAGCUUCCCGACGCUGCGCGACAUUCCCGUUGUGCCCUCAGGGGCCGACCACGUGCUAAUCUUCCCGGGCAGCGUGACGGUGCUGCUGCUGCGUUUCACGUUGACCACUUUCAAUCCGAAUGCGGGUGGCUAUGUGGGCAUUUCGGAAGUCGAGUUUUUUAAGGGUGCGGGGGUUCCUGUGCAAAAGGCGUACGCGAAACCGAGCAUGCAAGCGCCAACCGUGUACGAAAGUUCGUACUUCGACAACGUUUACGAGAGAACGCCCUUCUACGAUCAGGACAGGCAGCCCUUCGCAUGGCAGGAUUUGAACCCGGUAGUUCCCUUUGACGAGAAGGAGCUCUUCAGCGCGGAGAGACUCUGCGACGGAAACAAGGCGACCAUGUUUCUGAGUACCGUGAACAUGCCCUAUCCGGGCGGUACCGAGACGCUUCGAGUGACGCUGCCGUUCACGACGAACGAGCGCGUCGAUGUGGUCGCCGUAGAAUGGGUGUUCCGUCCGGACAGUCUCAUCCUGCAGUGUGGCGCGGACGUCCUGAAGAACAUAAUUCCUGGCACUAUGCUCGCCUAUCUCUAUCCUUGGGAUGCCAUCGACUACGUAACGUUCUGUCCGGACCUGACGCUGACGAUGGCCAUGCCCAGAGAUUUCUAUGGCGACUACAAACUCGUGGGAAUCCGCGAAGUCCGAGCCUAUGAGUUUGGCGUUCCACGGCCCAUCGCUGCGGUGAGCCAGUUCUUGCCCAGUAUUGCUGACGUCACCGCGUCGGGCGAUGCGAAUUUGAUCUUGAAUUCCAAUGACCCUGGCUAUUUCGCAUCAGCGGGAAGCCCUGGUGUGUGGUCGACGUCAGCCAUUGUCAUUCCCGGUGAGGAAGCGUCGAUUGCGGUGCAGCGAAAACGCGUAUCGGUCGUACUUGACCUCUUAUGAUACGAUCCAUUAUACUAGCGGCAACAAAGAUUCAGAUCAUUAGAAGUUUUUCGGUUUUUUUUCUUACACAUAUAGUUAUUAGUUCGCAAUAAUAAUCUUCUCUGAUUUUAUUACAGAUAGGCCCCAUUCUGCUCGAUUAGCGCAAAAUUUGGGUCAGAAGUUUGAGAAUACACAAUAACUAGUUUUUUGCGUCUGCGACGAUCGGGUUAGUGCCUCCCGGAUACAUACUUGAGUAGAGACGGCUCCUUUGUGCGUGUGUCUAAUCCGUGGUCCGAAUGACGAUACCUUCUGGGGCGCCAUGAUAGACUUCGGGCCCGUCUUCCCGUCGAAUAUGGACGUUUUUGCGAGUUAUGAUGGCGUAGCCUUCUCGAUCGAUCCGAUCUUCACGAUCCGAGGAAAGAUUGAUGCUGCACUCACCUACCUGUUUGCAGAAUUCAAGGCACGGUACAUCAAGGUCUCUUUCCUGGACCCAGGUACGGCCGAGAUCACCACGGUCGUCGGGAACACCACAACAACGGGCUUCCAAGUUCUGACAACGUAUGAAAUCAAGAUGAAUGCUGGUCCCCACACUGUGUCUAAGAUUUCAGAUGUGUUAUUUUCUGAUGUAGUCAGUAGAGAUAUUAACUUGUAUGUAUGUAGCAUCCCGUGAUUGAUAUCCUUCGGUUUUCUUUAGGCCUUCCUUUUUUUGAUUACGGAAGGUGAUAUCAUGUACUUUGAAGAAUUGGGACACGCACCAAUUGUGAACCAACACCAGGUACCAAUUGCGACGUGUGCACGUUUUCAAGAGUCCCAAUAAGAUUUUGGGCGUUCCUGCUGUGAGCAACGACCGGUUCGAGCACACAAGUGAGAUUGCCGUAGACGGUAACCUAAACAAGCAGUGGAUCAACUACAUUGGGUCGUCCUUCAGCACUCUGAUGGUGAAUUUGUUGGAGAAACGCGAAGUCGUGGGUGACAUGUUCAUCAAGUGGUUUCUCCCGGCCAAGGAUUUUUCAGUGGAGUACACGGACUUCAUCGAUCCAAUCACUGGUCUCGGAAGGUGGACGCACUUGGAAACAGUCACAGGAAAUCUUCUCUACGAGACGGUUUUGACCAAGAAUUUCGACGCGCAGUAUAUCCGCAUUAAUAUGACCCGUUCUGCGUACUUCGACUUGGCGCAAAGUCCAAUCAACCGAGGACAAGUGAUUUUUGGCAUCCGAUCGGUAGAGUUGAUGUUUGAGGGCAACGUGGCUAUGGGCAAGCAGCUGCAGAUUCAACCGCCACGGGACGCAACGCCACAGGUGGAUGCGCGGCUCUUCGCCAUCGACAAGGCCUUUGACGAGAGCGUCACAACCUUCUGGUUCGCGAACGUGGCAGAGCCAACGACGACCAUCGAAAUGACUUUGACCAAGUACCAGUGGGUAGCAGGGCUGGAAAUGAUUUGGAGGUACUGCUUCUCACAUCUGAGGUUCCGUACACCAGCACAGUAGUGGAAGAUUUUUUUUUGCCGGAGAAAGAUCCCUCUCCUAUCGCUAGUGAUUCUUCAGCGCGGCAUUGGCUGGUGACUGUUGUAAAUACUGCGCUUUUUACCAAAAAAUCUCCUAACUCACUUACUCAGGUACUGCCCUGACAUAUUCCAUUUUGAGGGGUAUAAUUCCAAUACCGGUUUGUGGUUCCGCGUUCCCAGCGCGUCCUUCGAUUUCACGGACCCCCUGUCGCCGAUACCAAGACAGACUCUCUCCACGUUUGAGGUCGCGACCCACCAGGGUUUUGAGGCCGAGAAAAUCCGGCUGGUGAUCGAGAAGAAACGCUUCGAGCCGCAAGGCUCCUAUUGGGCCGCCUUGAAGGAAUUUCAGCUCUACAAACCCGCGGAGCUGAUCGCGAAUACACUGACGAACCGCGAAAGCUUCCAGCGCCCGCCGACUGCCGACGUGCCGACCGGCGGAGGCACCGACCCCAACAGUUUAGUGGACGGCAGUACCAUCGGCGCAGUUUGGAUGGCCGAGAUGGGCCAGCGUGCGGCGAUUAUCAGACUAAAUUGGGACACGCACGUGGCAGUAGGCCGCGUCUUUGUGUACUGGGCGAACAUUGCCGAUGAGUUCGCGAUUGACAUCUUGGAUCCCGCCAACGUGCUGAACAGCGACUGGGAAGAAGUGUACUACACGAAAGGCAACACAGGGGUGCAAACGCAACUAGUUUUGUUUAGGAGGUUGAAGUCUCUGCGCGUGCGCGUGAUUAGGACGUUCUUCGACAUUUCGCUGUUCGAGAUUCGCGUGUGGGAAGCGGUGAAAGGAAACAACGAGAUUCGGAAAGCGGAAGAUUUAGGACAGCCAUUUGACGGCGACGUAAAGCGGGCGACGGAUCCAGACACGAACACUUUCUGGAUGCCGAGACCGCAGGACAACCAAUUGGAAGCCAUUCUAGAUCUCAACCGGAUCUACACGGUCACGGAGUUGAAAAUGUGGUGGACCUGGUACCCAACGAGGCAAAUCUGGUACUCCGCGGACAACGACCGCUGGUUCAUGUUUCUUUUUCGGCCCGACGUUAGCAUCUUCGGUCUGCAGCAGGCCGAAGUGGGAGUGGACUUCGUCACCAAAACCGUGCAGAUGCGGUAUCUGAAGAUCAUACAAGUGGCCAAUUACGGCGACAUCGUGGACGGGCAGCUCGGCGCAGGUUUGCGUGACAUUCGGAUAGUGAUGGACGGGAACCUGGCGCGUGGCAUCCCGGCGACCGCCAGUAGCGUCUGGGACUAUCCACUUACGAACGUCGUGGAUGGGGACAUGACAACGUAUUGGGCAGGUGAAUUGCGUCAAUCGGACGCGCACAUAUUCUUAGAUCUGCAGUACACAAGAAACGUGGCUGGCUUGAGAAUGCAGUUUGGGGACAACUACCCGACUCUGAUCCAAGUGUACUUCCACGACGCGGCCUCGGGAAGAUACAAGUACGCGACAGAAACGAGCACGCAGAACAGCAACGUAUUCGAGAUGCCCGCCACCCUGCACUUUCAGACGCGGUACGUCUCGUUGCGAAUACGCAAUCCAAAAAUAUUUACCGGGGACCCGGAUUUUCCAAACGACAGCGGGCGCCUGAUGCAGCUAUUGCAAAUCUAUGAUAUCCAGGUCUACGAACACCGAGGCGGUGGUGGUCUCUUCGGCCUGGAGAAUACGAAAACGGGAGACUACUCAACGAUCGCGUUCGCACAGUACCAGCCUCUGCAAUGGAACGUGGCAAGCAACUCAGAAUCGAGGUAUAGCUUUGUAUUUUACAUCUCACUCCCCUACGCUGCUACUGUCUAUUCUCAUAUCCGUCGGCUUGUUGCUGUGCUGAAUGAUAUCUCAACAAAGUGCUAUAAUUGUUAGCAACGGAGGAUUAUCGGAGUAAUUUAAUUUCUUACAAAAGCGAUAAAUUAUCCUUAUGGAUGGAAUUCUUAGGUCCGACGCAAAUUUCGUGACGAGCGAGAAGGAGGGCGUUGGGCAGAUGGUCCACAUUGUCACUACGUUCGACCGCGAAGGCAACAUCGCUUUGUUCCGCAACGGCGAAGCCUAUGGCAACCUCUACACUCGUGCCCCGGCAGUGACGUGGGCGCAAGGUUUCGACGACACUCGAUUAGUGUUCGGUGUCAGGACCACGUCGUUUGCGCAGAAUAGGGGUCACAUCUCUGGCGAGUUCGAGGAAAGCAACUUGGGAACAAGCGCAGACAUGGAUCCACGAUCCGCGUUCUUUCAUGGCACCAUCCAUCGUGCCAGCAUUAUCAAGGGUGCCUUGUUGACUGAGGAAGUCCGAGGCUUGUACAUGGGUGUCGAGCUGGGUUGUCAUUGCUUUGACGCAUGUCCCGUCGGUUCGACACGGUUUUUUCCACACGUCCCUGUGCCCUGCAGCGGGCACGGCGCGUGUCGGCGAAGUCCGGACGGAAAGCCUUUUGCACCCGGAAGCUGCGAUUGUCUUCCCGGCUACAGCGGGAACGCAUGUCAGUUUCACUGCUCGGAGAUCUCGGAGACGGGCUGCUGUGACGGUGACGAUGACUGCCCCUGUGACAAAAGCAAUGCGGCUGAUUGCGCAAGGUGCGAUCUGCAGACCAAGGCCUGCGAGUUUCCGGGGGCGAGGUGAUUUUCUGACCGCAGAGAAGUCCCCCGGACGAAAUGAUUCUGUGUGUUUCUAACCCCUCAAUAGAAGUUGUAAUGAAAUUAAAUCCGCUACUGGUGCUUCUGUGACACGUGACUCACAUAUUCACCUAAUACAGUAUCCAUUUGACUCUUCACGUAUAUGCUCAGGCUGCCACGCACUGCUUAUCCUUAAACUUCGAAUAUACUAGCGAGUUGGUUGCUCCAGAAAAAUGUUUUGUCUAGAAUUUAACCAUAAUCCACUCAUUGUCUUUGUCGGCUGUCAUUAACAUUAUCGCCUUUGUCAUACUAGGAAAGGCUAGGGUGACUACACAGCGCCGUGCUUUUUCUCCCCUUCUAACCUGGCUUUCUAUUACAUAGAAAGUUGGUAGUUAGGAGGGAUCCGCAUUUUCCCAGCUGGGCUAAUAUGGGGGUCGGCCUCGAAGGCGGCCGCCAUUCCGCCAUCCUUAGCACAGGCCUGCUUUUCUGAUUUCGGGUUUGCUAGUCGUAGUUAAUUUUUUACCUGUCAGUUCAUGCUUUAGGUGGUUCAUCAGUAAAUCAAUCAUCAGCGUUGCGGCGUGUCAUACCCCUGCAGGUGUGCUGGCUUGCUCAUGGGGCCCCGCUGCGUCGGGUUGCGCCUUAGGUUUUCUACAGGGGCCGAAUGUACGGCUCCUCCGAUAUUCGUAGACUUGUGGCCGAUUGUGCGGUCUUAUGCGCCCCCAGUAUGUAAUUUGUAUGAAAAAUUGGCUGAGCGAGUUAAUUAAUUGUUUGAAAGGGCGGUGGCAUAUAGUCCUAACGCAAAAAAAAAAAAACUACGGUGGUCGUGAAUGAUCAUAACAGGGGCACACACAUGACAUGACUAGGAAAGCAAAAGAAAGGUGUUCAUGUAACUAAGCCUGGUUGCUUUAUCUAGUUGUUGGAUAUAGAUGUUGUCUGCAAAUAUGAAGAAAGCUUGGGUUGAACUUAGGGUGAUAACUAGAUCUAGGUUCCUUACACAGGAACUAUAGCGAAUUCUUUCCACAGGCUGAUUCCUUUCAUGUACCUCGCUAAAGAUAAAACGUUUCUGCUCGAAUGAUUCCUUUACCCAGUAUGUCGAGACAGCGAUAAGUUUUGCUCUUUGUGUGCAAGUUGGAAAGCGCGACAGACUUUUUUGGUCCGUGCCGCGUCCAGAAAAAGUCCAGGGC